UGACGAUCGUCGUGUUUUCAGCUCCAUAUCUCCGCACACACUGCACCGGUGCGUGUGAUUAUUGACUUUUUUAACCGUUUACUUAUAUAGUUUCUCGUUUUGUAUCGCCUGUGCGCAUUUGACCGAAUGUCUAUCACGGAUUUUCUGCGGGAAGCGGAAGCUCUUAGAAGACUGGUGUGUAAAGAGGAAAAAGAGGCGAGGCGGCGCGAUCUCACAGAGACUUCCAGCGCCUUCCACGAGCUCCGGGAUCACAUGAACGCGCAGCUCAGAGCGGACAUCAUGAAAGCUCAGCAGCAGCUGCAGAAACUCAAGAACAGCGUCUUCAGGUUCCAGGAGCAGCUGAUGGAUGUCAAACCGUCUCCAGAUGUGAUUGACAAAUUAAGAGCGACUAUGACUGAUAUUGAGAACUCCAUCAACGAUUUCAAAAACACACAGCAUCAGAGUUUUGAGGAGCUCCUGAAAGAGGAGAGGACCUUCUGGCAGGAGAUCUGCGCCUUUGAGAAGAAGAUCGACUCUUGGGCGUUGCCUGUGAAAGCAGACAGCCGUCAUCCUCCUUGCUCAGACAGGGCCUGCGUCGGCCAGAAGAGCGACUGGAGGAACCUUCCAGCGGAAGUGACGGCGCUCGAGACGUUCCUCCAGCAGACGGGAGGCAGACACGGCGGCUGGGACGAAUUUGACCACCAGAGCUUCCUGAAGGUGUGGACAAAACACAGCGGAAAGCCCUUGUACAGACAAGAGGCACGGCUUUAUUUACCUGGCAAGACCGAGGAGGACGUAAAGCUGCACGAGGAGUGGUUUCUGGAGCUGCGCCAUCUGCAGGACAGGAAGAGGGAGGCCAUCUGUAAAUGGAGAGCGUCCAAGCAGAGAGAGCGCGAGCUGCAACGUGAGCAGCGGGAUGGAGACGAGGAGCUGCGGGAGAACGAGGCCCAACGUCUGAAGCAGGAGGAGUGGCGUAGAGAGGCGUCUGAGCGCCUGGAGGCCUGGAGGAGCCAGAAAACACAGCAGCGAGAAGAAGAACGAGAGCAGCAGCUCAGAGACGAGAUCCUGCGGAGGAGAAGAGCGAAAGAAGAGCGGCGCCGACAGCUGGAGGUCAAGCUCCUCGUGGAGGUGCACGUCCAGCAGAAGAAGGAGCAGGAGGAACUGCGUCUGCUAGAGGAAGAGGUGCAGGAGCAAGUGGAGAGAGAGGAGCGCCAGAGGCAAGCGGCUGAAGGCAUUAGACGCUUUCAGGAGAGAGAUUUACGCCGCUUAGAGGAAAAAUUACAGGAGAAACACAGUAAAGAGGAGGAGCAGAGCGAGCGAUUGAGGACGCUAGCUAAACUAAAGGAAAAGGUGGAGGUUCACAUCAGCCGGGAUCCGUCCAGACUGUGGAAGCCCACUAAAGUGUGGGAGGAGCGCAAUAAAGAGAUCGGCCCGUCCGGCACCGGACCUGUGUUUCAGAUCUUCCACAGAGCUGUUCCAACAUGGAGACAAGACUUGUGAAUUAGACUCUACAUCAGUCCACCACUUCAAAUCAAUCAAAUGAACUGAAAAAUAAAUGAAUGAAUAAAUAAAUAAAGGGCUGCAGUGUUUAAAAUAAAGUUGUUUUUUUAUGAUAAUGGAGGUAUCCGUUUAAUUAAAUAGAUUUAUACAUCACAACGCGUCUGUAAGUUCUUGAGAAUCAGAGCAGCAGAAGCAGCGUUGUCAUGCGGGACUC